AUGUCAGGAGGAGGCAUAGCUCGUGGUCGUCUUGCGGAAGAGAGAAAGUCAUGGCGUAAGAAUCACCCGCACGGUUUUGUGGCCAAGCCUGAUAAUGCAUCAGAUGGUUCUCUUGAUUUGAUGGUGUGGAAGUGCAUCAUACCUGGCAAACCUGGGACUGAUUGGGAGGGUGGCUACUUCCCCCUCACGCUUCAUUUCAGUGAGGACUACCCAAGCAAACCUCCAAAGUGCAAGUUCCCCCAAGGUUUCUUCCACCCUAAUGUCUACCCUUCUGGAACUGUGUGCUUAUCAAUCCUCAAUGAGGACUAUGGCUGGAGACCAGCCAUUACUGUGAAGCAAAUUUUAGUUGGCAUUCAGGAUUUGCUCGAUCAACCAAAUCCUGCUGAUCCUGCUCAAACUGAUGGCUAUCAACUCUUUGUCCAGGACCCUGUUGAGUACAGGAGAAGGGUGCGCCAACAAGCCAAGCUAUAUCCACCUACUCUCUGA